GCAAAAGUUUUAUGUAAUGCACUCCACCCUCUUUUUUCCCCAAGCCAACACACACCCUUCAAACUUUUUGACAGUUAUUUUCAGACCCCUCCUAGGCUCCCGAACUCCAUGCAACUCCAGCAGUCUCCCCUGGGCCAUUUUUAGCCUCUGCUCUGACCUGGCGGGAGGCUGGGUGUCCACCCUUUUCCCCUGCAGUCCUGAAAGUCCGGUCCGAGCGCGAACGGGGCGGGGAGGGGCUGGGCGGGCCAGGCCAGCUCCAUUGGCGCCAGGCGGGUGGGGGGAUGCGCUGAGAGGACCCGUCCAGCUUGCUUAAAAGCCAUCAGUUUUCUGACCCCGCAUCGGUUCCAGGAAGAAUAUACCUAUGUGACAAGCUAAGUUCUGCCUCAUUUUGCAUUUAGAAGCCACAAGAAAAACUUUUCGAAAACUUUUGUCCGUCUUUUGCUCCCCCGACGCGUUGUUUCCUGAUGGUCCGUCCCCGGGCAGAGAGAGGGACGCCCCCUCCUCCUCCCCGCCUCUUGUGAGGCGCGCGGAGCCGCCUCCCCUGGGUCAGGUCUGAUGGGCUGGUGGGCGCGCUAGUGGUGGCCGCCACCGCCGAAACCGUCGACCUCCUGGGCCCCAGUUCCGCAUCCAGCCCCGCGGCAGCAUGGACUACCUGACGACGUUCACCGAGAAGAGUGGACGCCUUCUGCGGGGCACGGCCAACCGCCUGUUGGGGUUCGGGGGCGGCGGCGAAGCCCGGCAGGUGCGCUUUGAAGAUUACCUGAGGAGGGAGCCAGCCCAGGGGGACCUCGGGUGCGGGUCCCCGCCCCACCGGCCCCCGGCGCCGUCCAGCCCGGAGGGACCUGACACUGGCCAAAAGAAGACCCUAGACAAGAAAGAUGGAAGACGAAUGUCUUUUCAGAAACCUAAAGGGACUAUUGAGUAUACUGUUGAAUCAAGGGAUUCUUUGAAUAGCAUAGCCCUGAAAUUUGAUACAACACCUAACGAACUUGUUCAAUUAAAUAAGUUAUUCUCCCGAGCAGUUGUUACUGGACAGGUUCUGUAUGUUCCUGAUCCUGAAUAUGUCUCCAGUGUUGAGAGCUCUCCAUCUCUAAGCCCCGUAAGUCCUCUGUCACCAACAUCAUCUGAGGCUGAAUUUGAUAAGACCACUAAUCCUGAUGUCCAUCCAACAGAAGCAACUCCCUCAUCUACUUUCACUGGUAUUCGACCUGCACGAGUUGUAUCUUCAACUUCGGAGGAGGAGGAAGCAUUUACUGAGAAAUUUCUUAAAAUUAAUUGCAAAUAUAUUACCAGUGGCAAGGGCACAGUCAGUGGUGUGCUGCUAGUUACACCAAAUAAUAUAAUGUUUGAUCCACAUAAAACUGACCCUUUGGUUCAAGAGAAUGGCUGUGAGGAAUAUGGCAUCAUGUGUCCAAUGGAAGAGGUGAUGUCAGCUGCAAUGUACAAAGAAAUUUUGGAUAGCAAAAUAAAGGAAUCUUUACCCAUAGACAUAGAUCAGCUAUCAGGAAGGGACUUCUGCCAUUCAAAGAAAAUGACAGGAAGUAACACUGAGGAAAUAGACUCAAGAAUCCGAGAUGCAGGUAAUGAUAGUGCCAGCACUGCUCCUAGGAGCACUGAGGAGUCUCUUUCUGAAGAUGUGUUCACAGAAUCAGAACUUUCCCCGAUACGAGAGGAGCUUGUAUCUUCAGAUGAACUGCGACAAGAUAAAUCUUCUGGUGCGUCAUCAGAAUCUGUGCAAACUGUCAAUCAGGCUGAAGUAGAAAGUCUGACAGUCAAAUCAGAAUCUGCUGGUACUCCUGGUCACUUAAGAUCUGAUACUGAACAUUCUACAAAUGAAGUUGGGACUUUAUGUCACAAAACUGAUUUAAAUAAUCUUGAAAUGGCCAUUAAGGAAGAUCAGAUUGCAGAUAACUUUCAAGGAAUAUCAGGUCCUAAAGAAGACAGCACAAGUAUAAAAGGUAAUUCAGACCAGGAUUCUUUUCUUCAUGAGAAUUCGUUACACCAAGAAGAGAGUCAAAAAGAAAAUAUGCCUUGUGGGGAAACAGCAGAAUUUAAACAAAAGCAAAGUGUUAACAAAGGAAAACAAGGAAAGGAGCAAAAUCAGGACUCACAGACAGAGGCAGAAGAGCUACGCAAACUUUGGAAAACCCAUACUAUGCAACAAACUAAACAGCAAAGGGAAAAUAUUCAACAAGUGUCACAAAAAGAAGCUAAGCAUAAAAUUACAUCUGCUGAUGGACACAUAGAAAGUUCUGCACUUUUAAAAGAAAAGCGAAGGCAUCGAUUACAUAAGUUCUUGUGUCUCAGAGUUGGAAAACCAAUGAGGAAAACGUUUGUAUCUCAAGCAAGUGCUACAAUGCAACAGUAUGCACAGAGAGAUAAGAAACAUGAAUAUUGGUUUGCUGUGCCACAAGAAAGGACAGAUCACUUGUAUGCCUUCUUCAUUCAGUGGAGUCCAGAAAUAUAUGCAGAAGAUACUGGCGAAUAUACCAGAGAACCUGGAUUUAUAGUAGUAAAAAAGAUUGAGGAGUCUGAAACAAUUGAGGAUUCUAGUAAUCAAGCAGCAGCCAGAGAAUGGGAGGUAGUGUCAGUGGCUGAGUAUCACCGCAGGAUCGAUGCUCUAAAUACUGAAGAACUGCGCACACUCUGCAGACGCCUCCAGAUUACUACAAGGGAAGACAUAAAUUCAAAGCAGGUUGCUCCAGUGAAAGCAGACCUGGAGUCUGAAUCUUUUCGACCAAACCUAAGUGAUCCCAGUGAACUUUUACUGCCAGAUCAAAUUGAAAAGCUUACCAAGCAUCUUCCACCAAGAACAAUUGGCUAUCCAUGGACUCUUGUUUAUGGUACUGGAAAACAUGGCACAAGCUUGAAAACUCUUUAUCGAACAAUGACAGGUUUAGACACCCCAGUGCUGAUGGUGAUUAAAGACAGUGAUGGACAGGUUUUUGGUGCGUUAGCAUCUGAGCCAUUGAAAGUGAGUGAUGGCUUUUAUGGUACUGGAGAGACCUUUGUUUUUACAUUCUGUCCGGAGUUUGAGGUCUUUAAGUGGACAGGAGAUAAUAUGUUUUUUAUCAAAGGAGACAUGGAUUCACUAGCUUUCGGUGGUGGAGGAGGAGAAUUUGCCCUUUGGCUUGAUGGAGAUCUCUACCAUGGAAGAAGCCAUUCUUGUAAAACGUUUGGGAAUCGUACACUUUCUAAGAAGGAAGAUUUCUUUAUCCAAGAUAUUGAAAUCUGGGCUUUUGAAUAAAUACAAUGCUCUCUGUCUUAGCAGGAGAAUGGCCCAAACCUGACAUGGACAAGCAUUGUUUGGAAAGUUCAAGAAGCAAUACAGUGUAACAUGUCACUUGUGCUUUAAAAUUAGUCUGUAUCACCAUUUAUUACAGUUAUAAUUUUGGAGUUUAUUUUUCAAAUCAUGUUCUUGUCCCAGAGUUCUUUAGGUUAACACUAGGGACUGCGUCCAUGUACUAGUAUAACAGCUUGCGUUUGUUAGAAUUUGGGCAACAUUUUGAUUAUAAUGACAACUUCAUUUUCACAUGUUACUCAGUUCCCUAAUAGGAUGGUGCUCUUUUGUUAAACCUGUAUUGGUUUUUUUUUUUAACUAUAUUGAUACAUUUACUAGAAGAGUCUAAUUGGGGCAUUGAGGAAAUGAAGACUAGAUACUUCUGUAUCUGUGAAGUUGGCACAGGUAACAUUUGGACAUGUUCAUCUUAUUCUUAGGAAGGAAAAAAUCACUUGCCAAAAUAAUACAUACUUCAUAGACCACUGAGUUCUAGUUUUUAUUCACACUACAACAUUCUCUUUAAUGAUGUUGCAGGUAUUCUCAAUUUCCUUUUAAGAAAAAUGAAAUGUGAGGAGAAUUCUGGUUGUAAUAGAUGACAGUACAUAUGAUCUGCAGGUUUGGGCAUAUGCUUUCAUCAUUAAAUUAUCUGAUAAAGUUACAAGUCACAAAGGAGAAUGAGAACUUAAUGAUUCUAUUGGAUUUAAUAUAUUAGCAAGAAAACAUACUAUUUACAUAUGUGUAGCUUAGUAAGGCAUUAACAUAAGUACAAAAACUAUGAAACAGAUGCAUAUUUCCUCAACAUACUGUGUCAGGUAUACUGUUUUAUAAUUUGGUUGUUUUAGCCUUAUUGCACACCAACUCCCAAAAUAUAGGUUACUCUUGUUCAAAAGGAAAAAAAAAAUUGUGAUUUUCUUUGAGUGGUAUAUGUUAUUAAUUACCAUUAGCAUUUGCUCUUAUAAAGGGCAAUGAUUAUAGUAGACAAUAUUGUAACUCAGUAGACUUGUUGAAUAUGCAAACUUACUGUCAAGUGACCUCAAAAAAAAAAUGAAAAGAUAGAAUACACUAGUAGUUCUUAUCCUCUUUUGUAGGAAACCAAUAAUAGCCAUUGUGGCAAUAAUUCAUCAGUUGAUUUUAAAGCUUCAUGUUAUGCAAAAAAGAAUCCUGCUGUUAUACAUGUGACAGUGACUUUGUGCUGAAAUUUCAGCUAUUCCAGAUAAACAUUGUAUAUCUUGUAAAUUAAUGUUUAAAGGUAGUUUUGUUCUUAUAGAAAGUGUUGAUUGCCAGGUUGCUUAUAGCACUUUAAGUUAUUCUAAAAAUGAAAUUAUAAGCCAAAUAUUUGGCUUAAGUAGAUUUAGUUGUAUAGCACUUACAUAUUUAGUCCUUUUGAAAGUUUAGAUAAUUAUUUAAAGAAAGCAUAAUGCUAAUGGAAAAGAAAAUCUGAUGUUCUAUUAUAAUAUGCUAUUGCUGAAUAUGAAUAGAAAUACAGGGCAUCAUUUCCUUGUCUCAUUAUAAGUUAGUAACAAUAUAUAGAUUAAAUGUUUACAACAUAGGGAAUUGUAAAUAAAUAUAUCAGUUUUUUCCCCUUUGGUCUUCCACAGCAGUAUUAUUGUCUUUGUGGAGUUGACUAAUGAUAAUUUAAAAAUCCUGUAAUGGAUUUCUACUAAAAUAAGGUCAUAGUGGCAUAUACCAAAUAAAAUCAAAUACAGAAAUACAAA